GAAGGAGUGGCGUUGUCGCGUGCAGUGACAAUCGGUGAACUGGGAGGGUCGCUGAUGACUCUCUGCAAACAUGGCUGCUCAGGAUGAACUCAAUCAACUGGAGCGUGUGUUCCUUCGCCUGGGCCAUGCAGAAACAGACGAGCAACUCCAGGACAUUAUUUCCAAGUUCCUCCCUCCUGUACUCCUCAAACUCUCCAGUGUACAGGAGGGCGUGCGAAAGAAAGUAAUGGAGUUGUUGGUCCACCUUAACAAGAGGAUAAAAAGCCGACCGAAGAUUCAGCUUCCAGUAGAAACUUUGCUGGUACAAUACCAAGAUCCAGCAGCUGCCUCAUUUGUUACGAAUUUCACAAUCAUUUACAUUAAAAUGGGAUACCCACGUCUGGAGGUGGGAAAACAGUGUGAGUUGGCCCCCACACUUCUCACUGCCAUGGAAGGCAAACCACAGCCACAGCAGGACAGCCUGAUGCACCUGCUGAUCCCUACUCUAUACCACAUGAAGUAUCCUGCAGACACAUCUAAGGUUGCACCUCCAUUUAACUUAACCGAGAGGCCGAAGACAGUGCAGUUGCUACUUGAGUUCAUGUUAGAUGUAUUGCUAAUGCCCUAUGGGUUUGUGCUCAAUGAAUCCCCAACUCGCCCUGCUCCGUCCUCCUCUCAGGGAGGCUCUGGGGAUGGGACAGUGGCUACAGGCGGCCAGGGUCUCCCUCAGCCUCCCCCAGGGAUGAGUGUCUAUGCUGCCAAGAGGGUGAUUGGAGAGGCCCAGUGGAGCGCGGAACAGCUGGAGCAGUGUAAGCUGGGCAUAGUUAAGUUCAUAGAGGCAAAGCAGGUCCCAGAGGUGGAGACAGUGGUGCACCUGGUGGUGGCAUCAAGUGACACCCGACACAGUGUAGCCACAGCAGCAGAUCUGGAGCUAAAGAGCAAACAGAGCAUCAUCGAUUGGAAUAAUCCUCUAAUAAUCAACAAGAUGUACAAGGUGUAUCUGGGGGAUGUUCCUCUUAAAACAAAGGGGGGCAAUAUGAAGCAAGAGCUGAAGCAUGAGCCUGUAAGCACAAGAGUCAAGCUUAAAAUCCUGCCACAUCUUCUACGGUCACGCCUGGCUGCAGAGUGUUUUCCAGCUAACAUUCAGGUUGUAUAUGAUGGUCUGUUUGGAGCCAGUACCAACAACAAAUUGCUGUCUCUUACCUUGCAGUUUGUCCAUCACAUCUGCAUGGUAUGUCCUGACACUAACAAACCUUUGGGACUGAUGCUCCUUAAUGGUCUCACCAAACUCAUAAAUGAAUAUAAGGAGGAUCCCAAGUUACUCUGUGUGGCCUAUGCUGCUGUUGGAAAACUUUCAAGCCGCAUGCCACAGCUGUUCACAAAGGAUAUUGCACUUGUACAGCAGUUUUUUGAGUCCAUGUGCAAGGAGGAGCCGGAUGUCCGCCUUGCCAUCCAGGAGGCUUUGUCCAUGAUGGUAGGAGCUUAUGCCAACCUGCAGGGGGCACUGCUGAACCUGAUGGAGGCCCUGGUAGCUGCAUACAUUGGAAAGCCGGAGGUGCAGGUUCGGCAGGUGGCCAUGAAGUUUGCCAGCACAGUGUUUGCUCCUGAUCAUGUGCCAUCAAGAUACCUGCUGUUACUGGCAGCUGGAGACCCGAGGGAGGAGGUGUCCGGAGAGGCCCAGAGGGUGCUGAGAGCUUUACCCACAAAGAGCUCAGAGAAGGAGGGACCAAAGCCAAUGCCCUCUUUUCCUGACAUGGUGGCUUAUGUCCAGGAGAAGGCAGCUCAGAGAAUCAAGACUCCUGCUAAGUAUAUCGUUGGAACCGCCACUAUUCCUUUCAACCCAUCUGCAUUUGCAGAAAUUGUUUUGUACCUGAGGAUGUGUUUAGCCCACAGCGCUGGAGCCACGCCAAUGUCGACACGUCUUGCAGACAUGCAGGAUGAUGCACCAGCCAUUGGACGCUACGUCCAAACACUGCUGUUGUCUGAUCAGCCCACAGUGUCAAAAGGCUCUGAGGCAAACCCUGUUCAUGUCUACAUGGAUCUGCUGCAGCAGCUGCUUUCUGCCGUAGGGGGAAUUCCAGUUAUGUACUGUCUAUUGGAGGUCGUGUCUGUGUGCCCAGAGAAACUUGCUCCCAGAUUUACUGAUAAAAUUGACUGGAUUAAAAGUCUUAUGAACACAAAUAAGGAAGACAUGAGGGAGCUUGCAGCACAGCUGUAUGCUUUGGUGGUUUCCACUAUGACUGGGAAUGAGCUGCAGAUGGCUGUGCAGAACCUGGUCAAAAUCACCAAAGACAACCAUAGUCCUGAGACUCAGCAUGGUGCCAUCUUGGCUCUGGGCUACAUGGUGGGGAGGUACAUGAGCAGGAGGAAAGCACUAAACUCAAGCGACUCAAUGCACAACGUGGGGCAAGAAGAUGAGGAACUUGUUGCCAUGGCGACAAAGACAAUCGGUUCUUUCCUGGACAACAAUAGUGCAAUGCUGGCUGUAGCAGCUUGCACAGCUUUGGGGGAAAUUGGACGAAAUGGCUCCCUGCUGAUCCCUGCAGAGGGUGAGGGUUUCACCAAACUGUCAAUUGUGGAAAACCUGCUGGCUCGGAUCCCUUCUGGCAAAGAGAGCACGAAGAUGAAGGAGCGAUCGAUUCAGACAUUGGGUUACCUUCCUGUGGGAGAUGGAGACUUCCCUCAUCAGAAGAAGCUGCUGCAGGGUCUCAUGGACUCUGUAGAGGCCAAGCAGGUGGAGCUGCAGUUCACAGUUGGAGAGGCUAUAACCAGUGCUGCAGUUGGCACCAGCUCUGGAGCUGCCAGAGACCCAUGGACCUGCACAGAGGACCAGUACAGUCCACCACACAAUGUAAAAAGCAAUGAUGUGGUUCCUUGGGUCCUCAACUCCAUCCUGACUAAGUAUAUAGCCAGCCAGAACCCUCAUGUCCGACAAGCAGCCUGCAUUUGGUUGCUUUCACUGGUCAAGAAACUCAGCCAACACAAGGAAAUCACAUCCAAGCUCAAGGAAAUUCAGGUGGCCUUCAUCUCUGUUCUGUCAGACCCUGAUGAGUUGAGUCAGGAUGUGGCAUCUAAAGGUCUGGGUCUUGUCUAUGAGAUGGGAGGAGAGGUCGACCAGCAGCAACUGGUGUCCACUCUGGUAGAAACUCUCAUGACAGGCAAAAGAGUGAAGCAUUCUGUCUCUGAAGACACAGAGGUGUUCCAAGGAGAGAGUUUGGGGAAAACCCCUGAUGGUCAUGGGCUGACCACAUACAAGGAGCUCUGCUCAUUGGCCAGUGACCUGAACCAACCAGAUCUCGUCUACAAGUUCAUGAACCUGGCCAAUCAUCACGCCAUGUGGAACUCCCGCAAGGGAGCAGCUUUUGGUUUUCACAUGAUUGCAGCCAAGGCUGGGGAGCAGUUGGCUCCAUUCCUGCCCCAACUUGUGCCCCGUCUGUAUCGCUACCAGUUUGACCCCAACCUGAGCAUCCGCCAGGCUAUGACCAGUAUCUGGGAUGCACUGGUCACUGAUAAGACCCUGGUGGACAAGUAUCUGAAGGAGAUCCUGAAGGAUGUCAUUUCGAACUUGACCAGUAACACAUGGAGAGUUCGUGAGUCCAGCUGCCUGGCUUUGAAUGACUUGAUUCGUGGCCGCCAGGCUGAUGACCUCGUUGAUCACCUAGCAGAAAUUUGGGAGACGCUUUUCAGAGUCCUCGAUGAUAUCAAGGAGUCAGUCAGAAAAGCUGCAGACUUGGCACUGAAGACACUCAGUAAGGUGUGUACACGUAUGUGUGAGUCGAUGGGCUCUGCUGCCCAGAGAACUGUCGCCAUAAUGUUACCCACCCUGCUGGAGAAGGGCAUCGUCAGCAAUGUGUCAGAGGUUCGCUCACUCAGUAUCCAGACCCUGGUUAAGAUUAGUAAGACAGCAGGGGCUAGACUAAAGCCUCAUGCUGCCCUGUUGAUCCCUGCACUCCUGGAGGCUCUCAGCACCCUGGAGCCUCAGGUCCUCAACUACCUCAGUCUCAGAGCCACAGAGCAGGAAAAGAGUGCCAUGGAUGCUGCCAGACUAAGUGCUGCCAAAUCCUCUCCAAUGAUGGAGACAAUAAACAUGUGUCUGCAGCACCUAGAUGUUUCUGUGCUUGGAGAGCUGGUUCCCAGACUCUGUGAGCUGCUUAAAAGUGGAGUUGGCUUGGGAACAAAGGGUGGCUGUGCUAGUGUUAUUGUAUCACUCACAGUGCAGUGCCCCCAAGACCUUACUCCAUACUCAGGUAAACUGAUGAGUGCCCUGCUUAAUGGUAUCCAUGACAGAAGCAGUGUAGUACAGAAACAAUUUGCUUUUGCAUUGGGACACUUGGUCAGGACAGCAAAAGACAGCAGUGUAGAGAAACUACUACUGAAACUCAGCAGCUGGUACUUGGAGAAAGAGGAGCCUGUGUAUAAGUCGUCAUGUGCGUUGACUGUACACGCUAUCAGCCACUACAGCCCUGAUGUGCUGAAGGGCCACGCAGGAGUGGCUCUGCCGUUGGCCUUCCUGGGUAUGCAUCAAGCACCCGGUCCUGAUGAAGAGAAGGGUGAGAGCCACGAUGCCACGCUGUGGGCUGAGGUGUGGCAGGAGAAUGUCCCAGGAAGCUUUGGCGGCAUCAGACUCUACAUGACAGAGCUGAUUGCGAUCACGCAGAAGGCGUUGCAGUCCCAGUCCUGGAAAAUGAAGGCUCAGGGUGCAGCUGCCAUGGCAACUGUUGCCAAGGAACAGACAGGCUCGUUGGUAGCACCACACCUUGGCAUGGUGCUAACAGCAUUGAUGCAGGGGCUAUCUGGACGCACAUGGGCGGGCAAGGAGGAGUUGUUGAAAGCCAUCGGCUCAGUCGUCUCCAAAUGCAGCACGGAGCUGCAGAAGCCGUGCACGGGCCAACCCACCAUCCCUGAGGUGUUGGAAGUUGUGCUGAAGGAAUGUCGGAAAGAGAGUCUAGUUUACAAAAUGGCGGCUCUGCGUUGUGCAGGAGAUGUGCUUCAAAGCUGCCAAGAGGACCGUUUCAGCAACCUGGCUGAGAUCCUUUUCCCUCUGAUCAGAAAGAGCUGCCCGGAGAGUGGUGCGGCAUCUCCCAGGUCACUGGAGGAUGAGGAUGAUAGAGAUGUGAAGGAGAGGGAGCUGCAGACUGAAGCUCUGCUCUGUGCUUUUGAGAGUCUUGGAAAAGCCUGGCCUAGAAACCCCCAGACUCAAGCUCGUUUCCAGGUGGAGGUGUGUGGUCUGAUGUGUGAGAAGUUGAAACUGAGUACCUGGAAAGUCCAACUUGGUGUUCUCCAAUCAAUGAAGGCAUACUACCAGGGGUUGUUGCUGUUGGAGAAAGGCUGUGAGGACUCUGAUGCUUUGUCACAGAUCCUCACUGAGACCUGCGCUGCUCUUACGUGCCCUUUAGAAAACAAAAGUUACUCUUCUGUGAGAACAGAGGCCUUGUCAGUUGUGGAUCUGAUUGUAAAGAGAACUGGAGAGAGUGAGCAGUGGGACUGUGUGUCGGUGAAGAGCCGGGAGCAGCUGCAGCGCUCUCUGUCAACAUUGCAGUCAGACAGCAGACCUGACCUAAGGGAUAAAGCCCAGGAGCUACGCAGGCACAUACAGAGUCAGCCCUGAGCUCACACUUACAGAAAUCUAAACAAGAAAGUCAGUCAUGCAGUCACAACCAAAAAAAUACAUCAACUUCCUCUUUUCUUCAUCAGUUAAAAAACAACACAUUACACACUCUAUUAUCUGACCAAUGCAGUGAUCUCUUAAAUGCACACAUUUUAAAUACUUUCAGUACUUAUCCAUAUAACCUGUGAGCUUGGAUGCUGACUUUGUUUAUCAAACUGCUUCACUCAAGCCGUCACUCACAUUUGGGCUGAAAACUUUACAAUUCAAAGAGACUAGAACACAGCUUGCUCAGAGUUUGACCUCACAGUGAAAGUAGUAAAGGGCAAGGCUAUCAUCGAAAUGUGUUGAGUUUUAUUUGGUUCAUUAAAGUGGACAGUAAGAUAAUUAUGAUAAAUGCUAUAUAAACCAAUGUGUUGGGUUUGUGGAUGCUGUACACCUGUAACCCCAAAAUGGGGACUUUUACUACUGUUGUGGGUUUGCCUACUCAUUAAAUGUUAGAACAACAGCAAGGUUGCACAUGUUGGCUAACACAUACAGAUGAUGAGUCAACUCUCAUUUGAAGUUGCACUAUCUGGGGUUUGGAUAUGUCCUUACUUUUUACAAGUUGUGAAAGAAGUGAGACAUUGAUAUUUCCCUCUGUGUGUCUGUAAACAGUGUCAUGACUCCUGUCUGCAGGAUGAGUAAGAAAGAUGACAGCCAUUUUUGUGAAGUGUUGAGAAACAAAAUACUGCUGUUAAGAUCAAAAGUGAUGCUGUUUGAAUUUGUUCCUGAUAGAAUAAAACUACAUUGACAGUUUUAA